CCUCGCCUCCCCAUCCCCGAUAGCCUCGAAACAAGCCAUGGUCUAGCCACAAUGCACGCAUGCGAGCGCUGCUACUCGCGAAAGACAAAGUGCGACCGCCGCCUCCCACAAUGCACCUCGUGUAUCAAAAGCAAAUCAUCCUGCCGCUACCAGAACAAGCGGCGCGAUCGCCAGCUGCAGCAGGGGUACAUCAAGUCGGUCGAGACACGCUUGAAACUGUUGGAGCAGGAAAAUGAGGAACUUCGACGAAACUCAGCGACUCGUGUGUCGGUCAUUGAUCAGGAUAGCCUGAUUCCGAGCCAGUCGCCCGAGUCGAUUCGCGACUCUACCCAGCAUCAACGGGUCGACGCGCAUCAGUCACCUGUACGAUCAGGCGGUCCGCUCCAGCAGUCUCCCAGCGAGGAGGCUCGGUAUCUAGGGUCCAGCAAUGGGGUAGAUUUUGUGGAUGUCGUCGAACGAGUCGUCGAGUCCUCUUCGCAGAGCACAGGCGGGCUUUUUGGCAGAGUGACCGAUUCUCACCGUGCGCCGGACCGAGUGGAGCUGCCUUGUAUCUCUGAGCCUGUGGCGCUGAUUGACCAUGCAAUUGCGAUGCCUCUAAUAGAGUCUUACUUUGAGCACUGGCACUUGACCUUUCCGCUCCUCUACCGGCCAGCCUUUAUGGAGAUGGUGCGGCACAUGUACGCCGACCCGCGGAUCUACCAGCAAGAUGCCGCCGGUGCGUUUGCGUUUGAUAUUGUGCUGGCGCUGGGCUCUGUUCCGUCCACGAGGGCCGAAUGGGGAUUCGGUCACGCUGAAUCACACUUUGCGCGGGCAUUGACGAGGUUGGAGAGGGUAUCUAGUUUCCGCGACAUUAGAUCCUUGCAGGCUCUGCUUCUCUACUGCAAGUAUGGAAUUCACGCGAGUCUGCGCGAUACAUCGAGUGAGAUGUGGGAGGCUUUGGGGAAGGCGACGAGGUUAUGUGUGGAGAUUGGGCUGCAUCAUAAUCCGUCGACGACUUCUUCACGUUGUAAACUGCAUAUUACGGGACAGAUCUCUCCUGGUGUGCAGGUUGAGAUGCAGCGACGAUGUUUUUGGUGCUACUAUAAUCUGGACAGAAUUGUCAACAUUUCGCUUGGACGACCCCUCGCUCUGCACGACGACGACAUCCACGUCCCUCUGCCGUCAGCAGCAGACGAUGAGACCCUCGGCCAGGUCUCCCCCACUACACUUCCCCAACAAACAACAUCCCCUUUCCUCCAACACACCCAACUCCGCCGAAUCCAGUCGAAAAUCCACCGAUGCAUGUACACCAGUCGCUUAACGCAAGAACUCCCCCUAACCCAACGCCAAGCCAUCCGCAGAGAAAUCUUCGACGAGCUCCAAGCCUGGCGUCAAAACAUCGCUCGCCUCCCACUAAGCCCCCUCGACAACUCGCACCCAAUAUCAUCAUCCUACCUCCACCCAAGCUGGUACCAAGCCCUCUACCACAGCGGCUGCCUCCUGCUCUUCCGACCCUCCGCUACAUUCCCCGCAAUGGAGGGUCUCGAGUCGGACCACGACAACGACGACGUCCUGCAGAUCAUCUGGACAUCCUCGCGACUCGUCCUGUCCAAAUACUCCGAACUGCUACGCGCGCGACACCUGAACUACUCUUGGGUCUGUCUAUAUACGAUCUUCAUGGCUGGUCUAGCAAACGUCUACAGCGUUGGAUGCUGCGCGCGGAGGAGGAAGCGCGGGGAAGUAGCUUUUCUCCCGUCCUUCUGGGACGUGGUCUCUGAUUUCCGCGACUACUCGAACAUCAUGACGGCAAUUUGCGAGCGGUGGGCGGAUGCUCGCGGGUCAAGGGAGAUUUUUAAUUCGCUCAGUCAGAGUGCGUUGAAGGAGUUGGCUGGGCCGAGUUUUCGGGGGGAUGUUUCUAGGGCGGAGCCUUCUGGGCAAGGGAAUGGAAAUGGAAAUGCAGCUGGACAGGGGGUUCCGGGUGGGACGCCGUCGAUGUUGCAGACGGAGCAGCCCUUCGCUUCGGGCUUUGUUGACGGGAGCAUUUCUUUGGAUCAUCUACCAGAGGAUGGGUUUGCGGAGUUUGAGCCCGCGUUCGAUUUCCAGCAGAUGUUCCAGGAGAUGCAGAGCAGUAUUAAUACAGGCGGGUAUGGGCAAACAGACGAGGUGAUGUUGGGUUUCUCGCAGGAGUGGUUUGAGAGGUGAUCUUGUCUAUCUUAUCUUCAGUUGACCCAUUUAGCCACUAUUGAACUUGAAUAGUCUAGAUUUAAUCUAAAUCACUUUGUCCUUUCGGAGCUUAGAGACGUCUUCGGCUGAUAGGCCCAGCUCCUUGAGUACCUCCUCGGUAUGUUGCCCCAGAGCUGGCGGACCCUCACGAAUUGAG